AUGUUCUAUGUAGGGCUUCUCUCCAAGUUGCACAAGUCCCCCAGUCAGAUGCUCCCAGACCAACCUCCUCCUGAAACAAUAGAAGGAGAAGAGGAGUACAAAAAAGGAAAAUGGUUCUAUUUAAUCAAAUGGAAAGGUUAUGGCCUGGAAGAUAACUCAUGGGAACUGGAGGAGCUAUUGGAACAUAGCCAGGAAGAGAUACACCACUUCAACAAAGCACAACUGAAAAAGGCUUGUGACUCUGUUAUGGAUUAG